UUUAUGGCCCAGUGCAUGAUGGGAACACCAGUAUCAGAAAAGUUGAGUAAUUUUACUUAAUUUUAUAAUGUUGAUAUUUACGCUUUCAUUUCUACAUGAUUGAAUUGAGUUCUACUAUAGAAUUGACUUUUUUUAUUCUUGCCUGAACUAACUUUUUUUUAUGUAAAUUACAUUGUUUUUUUUCUGUAGUAUUUACUUCACCACAAAAUAAUUUUUAUCAGUCCAGUGCUUGAAGAUGAGGAUGCAGAUGGAUAUGAAAACUUGAUAUGAUAACUUGACAUGAUGGUUUGGUAAUACUUGUGUUAAGGAACAAUGUUGCCUGAGAGCAACAGCUGGAAAUGAAAUGAAAUUUUAUUAAAUAAAAAAAAAAAAUUGUAAAAAAAAUAAAAUAAUUUUAAUUAAAUAAAACAAAAUGGAUAAAAAAGAAAGAAAUUUGUAAUACAUCAAAAACUGGAUAAAUGUGUUUGUUCAAGUGUCUGGUUAGAAAUUGAUGUUUUCAAUAAAUAGCCUAUAUAUUUUUUUUUCCAAAGUGAAAAUGUCAAUUUUUAAAAUUUGUCCUUUGUGAUACAAUGUCGCCUUAGGCACCAAACUUAAAAAUAACAAUAAUAAAUAAAUAAAAAAUUAUUGAUAAUGUUAUAGUGUCCAAAUUUAAGCAGGACACUCACACAAAUAACCACAAAUAUUUGUUUCUUUCAUUGAUAUCAUAUUGGGUAAGGGUUAUGAUCAGUGAACACUCUCCCUGGUUUGCUUUAAAAUUUAACAGAGAUGGCGUUUAUUUGAAUAAUUCAUUCAUAACAUAAAGCCAAAGAUAUCCAGAGAAAAAAAGUAACCAAUAGUAAAGAGUGCAGGGUCAAUAUGUUGGAGAUGUGAAAAGCCAUUAGCCCAUAUACAGUCAUGUGUGUCAGAAUAAAGUCCCAAGGUAUUAUGGACCAGAGUAAGGCUAUACAUACCAUUUAAAAACACACGUGACAGUGAGGUCAGAUAGAUUAAAUGUCUUUAUAAAAAGACAAAGAAUAAUUCUAAAAUCUACUAAAAUAAAUCAUAUAAAUCAUGAUGAGACUAGGGUCUCGCACCAGAUUGUUUCAUAAAAGCAGAAGGUCUAAACGCAGAAAACUAUCCAGCAGUGUUCACAUUAAAAAUAUAUACCGGUCCAUCCCUCUCAGAGACUUUUCAAAAGCAUGCAUGAUGUGGUAAUCCCAAUCUGUGCCCAUUAGAGAGAGAGAGGGAGAGAGGGAGAGAGAGGGAGAGUGAGUGGGUAACAAAAGUGUAAGAGAGAGGGAGACAGAAAGCGAGAGAGUGAGCGAAAGAGACAGACAGAGUGAGGGGGCUUUUAAAGGAUUUGACAGUGAUUUGUAGAAUCACAGUUGUGGAAUGUUCGGUCUUUUCCAGCGUUUUAUAGUUUCUUAAAGCUCUCCAUAUUUUCUACAUUAAAAUCUCACCUUAAUCAAAUAAAUCUUUAGAUUGUCGUUGUGUGAGAAGACUGUGAAGUGAGGACAUUUUAAGAUGAGAGCUGAAGAUUCGGAUGUUGGGGACAUCUACUGUCGUGCUUCAAAACCAUCCAACUUCAGCUCCAGAUGGGCUCUCACUGGCAGCUGCAUCAGUUGGAGACACAAGUAGAGAAGAAAGCAUUGUGCUGUAGCAGAAGAACCAGCCCCUUGCAUGGCAGCAACCAUGACUCCACAUCAACACGCAUCAUCACUAUGCCAUCACUACAGGAUCAGCAGGGCACCCAGACAACACGUGGGCUCCCUGAUUCACAUCAUAUGGAUAGUGAUGAUGGGAUUUACUCUAGAAUCAUCGGCCUCCUCCUCAGGAACUCAUUCCAUAAAGAUCGAGGGUGACAUCACUCUUGGAGGGCUUUUUCCGGUGCAUUCCAGGGGCCCCGCUGGUGUUUCAUGUGGGGAAAUUAAGAAGGAGAAGGGGAUCCAUCGUAUGGAGGCCAUGUUGUAUGCGCUGGACCAGAUCAACAGUGACCCAGACCUGCUGCCUAACAUCACCCUGGGUGCCAGGAUACUGGACACGUGCUCCAGGGAUACAUAUGCACUUGAACAGUCCCUCACCUUUGUCCAGGCCCUCAUCCAGAAAGACAACUCAGAUGUUCGCUGUUCCAAUGGAGAGCCUCCCAUCAUUCCAAAACCAGAGCGAGUGGUAGGGGUCAUCGGGGCAUCGGCCAGCUCAGUGUCCAUAAUGGUGGCCAAUGUUCUUCGACUGUUUGCGAUUCCUCAGAUCAGUUAUGCUUCAACCGCACCUGAGCUUAGUGACAACAAUCGCUACGAAUUUUUCUCCCGAGUCGUGCCACCAGAUUCCUUUCAGGCCCAGGCGAUGGUGGACAUUGUCAAAGCCAUGGGAUGGAACUACGUUUCUACUCUGGCAUCAGAGGGGAACUAUGGAGAGAGUGGUGUAGAUGCUUUCAUCCAGAUAUCCAGGGAAGCAGGGGGUCUUUGCAUCGCACAGGCCAUUAAAAUCCCUAGGGAGCCAAGACCAGGAGAGUUUGACAAGAUCAUCAAAAGGCUAAUGGAGACAUCCAAUGCCAGAGGGGUUAUUAUCUUCGCUAAUGAAGAUGACAUCAAGCGUGUCCUGGAAGCAGCAAAGAGAGCCAAUCUUACAGGUCACUUUUUAUUUGUGGGAUCUGAUAGCUGGGGAGCAAAAAUCUCACCCAUCCUGGACCAGGAGGACGUGGCUGAGGGUGCCGUUACCAUCCUCCCCAAACGGGCGUCCAUUGAUGGGUUUGACCAGUACUUUGCCUCAAGAUCUCUGGAAAACAACAGGAGGAACAUCUGGUUCGCCGAGUUCUGGGAGGAUGACUUCAAAUGCAAACUGACACGACCUGGAAUCAGAGGCGAAAGCGGGCUGAGGAAAUGCACAGGAGAAGAACGAAUCAGCCAGGAUUCGGCAUACGAGCAGGAAGGGAAAGUGCAGUUUGUGAUCGACGCUGUGUACGCCAUGGCCCAUGCUCUCCAUAGCAUGCACAUAGACCUUUGUCCGGGUUCAAUGGGCGUUUGUGACAAAAUGGACCCGGUGGAUGGAAAAAUGCUGCUGAGCUACAUUCGUGCUGUCAAUUUUAAUGGCAGUGCCGGUACAGGUGUGAUGUUUAAUGAAAACGGUGACGCCCCAGGACGAUACGAUAUCUUUCAAUACCAGCUUUCCAAUACCACCAGCCCGGGAUAUAAAUUCAUCGGCCAGUGGACCAACCACUUGCGACUCAAUGCUGAAGAAAUGCAGUGGUCUGGAGGGGAUAAAGCUGUUCCAGACUCGGUUUGCAGCUUCCCCUGUGAGUCUGGGGAGAGGAAGAGGAUGGUGAAGGGUGUGCCGUGCUGCUGGCAUUGUGAACUAUGCGACGGCUAUCAGUACCUAUUGGACGAGUUUAACUGUGACAUGUGUCCCUUUGACAUGAGACCCACCCCGAACCGCACAAGCUGCAGACCCACUCCCAUCAUCAAGCUGGAGUGGAGCUCACCGUGGGCCAUUAUCCCGGUAUUUCUGGCAGUUCUGGGCAUUCUUGCUACAUCAGGAGUCAUCAUCACCUUCAUCCGUUUCAACGACACUCCCAUAGUCCGUGCUUCGGGCCGAGAGCUCAGCUAUGUUCUCCUGACGGGCAUCUUCCUCAUCUACCUCAUCACCUUCCUCAUGAUCGCCGAGCCAGGCCCCGUGGUGUGUGCGUUUCGCCGGCUGUUAUUGGGGCUGGGCAUGUGCAUCAGUUAUUCUGCCAUGCUUACAAAAACGAAUCGAAUCUAUAGGAUCUUUGAGCAGGGAAAGAAAUCAGUCACGCCACCAAAAUUUAUCAGCCCCACGUCCCAGCUGAUCAUCACAUUUAUUUUGAUCUCAGUACAGCUCCUGGGUGUUUUCAUUUGGUUUGGAGUGAUUCCCCCUCACACGAAUAUCGACUUUGAUGAGCUACGUCCCCCCAACCCAGAGUAUGCCCGUGGAAUCCUGAAAUGUGAUAUGUCAGAUCUGUCUCUGAUUGGCUGUCUGAGCUACAGUAUGGGGCUGAUGGUCACAUGUACAGUCUAUGCCAUUAAGAGCAGAGGCGUUCCUGAGACCUUCAAUGAGGCCAAACCCAUCGGUUUUACCAUGUACACCACCUGUAUCAUCUGGUUGGCCUUUGUUCCCAUUUUUUUCGGCACAUCACAAUCCACGGAAAAGAUGUUCAUUCAGACCACCACGCUGACUGUGUCCAUGAGCUUGAGUGCCACGGUGUCCCUGGGCAUGCUGUACAUCCCCAAAGUCUAUGUCAUCAUCUUCCACCCAGAGCAGAACGUUCAGAAGCGCAAGCGUAGCUUCAAAGCCGUGGCCCAGGCAGCCACUGUUUCCACUCAUCUCUCGCAGAAAUCCAACGACAAGCAGAACGGAGAGACUAAAAUUGAACCUGAUAGAUCCCAAUAAAGACCAGAAGGUGACCAAGGAGAUACUCAAGGCAAACUGCUGUUUGCUAAAUCAUUCAUUUUGCAACCUCAAAUGGACAAAGAUCACUAGAGGAUGUGUGG